AUGUCGGAGGAAAAUGGAAACGUCUUGGAAGCGUUUAAAAAAGAGCACUGCGCCCUGCUUGCGCUUCUGGCACAUGCGGCGAGACAAGCUGUGGAUACAAGGACUGGAGAGUCUGUGUUCGAAGACCUCUGUUCCGCGGAGCCCUCGCUAAAAGACAUUUACCCUGAGGUGAAUUUACUGUACAACAUUCAUCAAGUACGUCGUGCUCUCCGCGAUCGACAAGAGCGCUCAUCAGAGUCUGUGACACCUUUAUGCGACGCGGUUAGCGCUGCAUUAAGGAAUUUGUAUGGCGCCCUUCCUGACCCGUUGUUUCUCGUCGUUGCCGAGGCGGAGGGAAUACUGCGGAAACGACACUCCUCAUCUCGUGCUCUAGAACCGUACAUUCUAGACCUGGUGGAAAGCAUUCAGUUGGUGCUGUUGCAGGAGACAAACUCAUUGCAGCGUCGUGGGGCCUCAAUAACUUUGCGGCUGAGAGAUGUGCCGCCGUUUGUUUUGUGA